AGGGAGAAAUUGCACUUCUUGCCAGAAAGGCUGGAAUGAUCACAUGUCCAGCUGUUAUGCAUAUAAUAACUAUAAACCCCCUAAUCAGAGAACCUGGGAAGAAGCACGAGAAGACUGCAGAAGAAAAAAUUCAGAUCUGACUGUUGUGUCUAAUCAGACUGAAAAGGAUCAUGUCAAUACACAAAGUCCUUCUGAAGAGGGUAUUAAUGGAUACUGGAUUGGUCUCAGAGCUGUAGAGGGGACAUGGAAAUGGAUAGAUGGCAGUAAUCUGACAGAUCAAACCUGGAUACAGCAGCAGGCUGCCACAGAUGGUUACUGUGUAACUUCUCUUAAUGGCCGAGGUUGGAAUACAGCAAUAUGUGGUGACAAGAACGCAUGGAUCUGUGAGAAGAAGGCUUUAUCUGUUUGAACAUGAAGGAUUCAGACUGAGAAACUUUAUCAGGAAAGCACUACAUUCAAAUAAGUUAAAAAUGUAAGAAGUUUCUAAUUGAAAGCUUUGGUGGUUUUGCAACAAAAUCAAAACUUAAGAUUUAAAGUUAGAUUUCUGUCUGUUUCUCAUAUUUAUUAUUUACACAUGUAGAAAUUUAAAAUGAUAGCCUGAUUAGAAAGUAUUUCGCUUUAAGUGGCACACAUUAACUGUUCAUAUGAAAAAGUUUGGAGUUCUGAUUUGUUUCACACUCAGUUUUUACAGAUUAUUAACAGAUACAUACAAAAACAUAACAGACAGUAUGAUUCAGUUUUAUGUUUCCUUCACUUUUCAUUAAUUAUAGUUUUUAAAGGACUUUUAUGUUACUUUAAGGGAAGCCUAUUUUGUGAUUAACUUUCUUGUAUCUACAUAUUAAGAUGAAGUUGCUUGUUCAAACAGAUCAUACAGGAUUUAAAUGUCACUUUUCUCUUGACAUUUUUCAUGACACUUUGAUCUGUGAAAUCUUAUGUUGUUCCUAAGCUGCACAAAGAUGAUCAUAAUGUGUGUAUAUUAAAGGAAAUGAUCUGCCUUUGGAAGG